UGUAUUCACAUCUAUCAUUUAGACUAAUUAAAUUAUUCGAUGAAGCACCCCAUAAGAUAAAAAUCCUUUUCUUUGUAUAAUUGCAUAACCAUUUCUUCUUCUGAACCCUAAAUUCUUAUAAACACCCCCACAAGAUAGAUAAACCCUUUUCUCCUAAUUUUCUUAUUAUUAUUAUUUGAUUUUAUCAAGAAUUCCUCGAAUUUUAUCCUUGUUGUUUUGUUUUUUACUUUUGCCUGUGUGUGUUUUACUUUUAUCACCACGAUCGUGGAAACCCAGAGGGUAACUAAAAUCUCUAUCUGCUGAUUCCUCUUCGCUCCCAAGAGGCAUUUUAAGGAAAUCCUUUGUUUACUCACACACAAUAUUAAUAUGUAUGUAGAUGUGGCCUAUGUAGGCUUUUAUGAGCAAUUAUAUAAUCAUUAUUAUUUGGUGGUUUGUACAAUCUAUCAUUAAUCAGUUUUCACUCAAAUCAUCUCUCUACCUUGUCUCUGUAACAAUCCUCUCUUCCCUCUUAGUUUUUUAUUUGAAUUUUACUUUAUACAUUUGCUUAAAAAGUUUCAUGUUUAUGUCAUCUCUGUGCUUGCUUGCUGGGUUGGGUGUGGUUUUAAUUUAUCUUGAAUUACUGUUUUCUGUAUAUUUUCAAAUGCUGAUUCUUGGAUUUGUAGUCAAAUUGGAACACUGUUGAGAGUCAUAAUUAAGAUCUUAUCUCUGUUUCUUUAUGUCCAAAUUGUGAAACUUUUACUCCUCCCAGUCCAUUUCUGACCUCUUUCCUCUCUUAAAGUUUAGAUUCUUAAAUCUCAUUCUUUGUUUACAUGUAGAGUUUCUGAAAGAUCGGUGAAACAACAUAGGAAGCAAUAUGGCACUUACUUGGACUCAUAAAGACAGAGGAGAAAUUCGGGUUCAUGAAAAUUUGGAGGAACUAAGCAUAGACUUGGUAGAUUAUAUAGCUGAGAUAUCAGAAGCAUCAAUUAAAGAACAUGGUGCUUUCUGCAUUGUGUUAUCAGGAGGCUCUCUCAUUAGCUUCAUGGGAAAAUUGAUCGAGCCGCCUUAUGACAAGAUUGUCGAUUGGGCAAAAUGGUAUGUUUUCUGGGCGGAUGAGCGUGUGGUAGCUAAGAGUCAUGACGACAGCAACUACAAGCUAGCCAAAGAUAAUUUACUGUCCAAGGUUAAUGUGUUUCCGAGACAUAUAUGUUCCAUUAACGACACAGUUUCGGUGGAGGAAGCUGCAACAGAGUAUGAAUUCGCCAUCAGACAGAUGGUGAGAACACGAACCGUGGCUGCCUCAGACAACAGUGACAGUCCCAGGUUUGAUCUGAUCUUGCUUGGGAUGGGCCCAGAUGGGCAUGUAGCCUCGCUCUUCCCGAACCAUCCAGCACUUGAGGUGAAGGACGAUUGGGUUACGUUCCUAACCGACUCUCCUAAACCGCCACCAGAGAGAAUCACAUUCACUUUGCCCGUCAUUAACUCAGCUGCUAACGUUGUUGUCGUAGCAACCGGCGAAUCCAAAGCCAAUGCUAUGCACUUAGCAAUCGAUGAUAUACCCUUACCAGAAAGCUCUCUGUCUCUGCCUGCAAGGCUGGUCCACCCGAGCAACGGGAAUCUGAUUUGGUUUAUGGAUAAACCAGCAGGGUCUAAACUCGAGAGGUUUAAAUUUUCUGAGUAGGAUUUAGAUUUUCUUCUUUGAUUCAAAAGCAAUUGGUUAUUGUUAUCAGUGAUGAACCUUUUUGUAUGAAGAGCAUCCGGUUUGAAAACAUGACUUUUAAUUUUCUAACCA